AUGUCAGUGGCAGCCUCUGUGAGAGACUGUGCCUCCUUGUCUUCUCUACAGAAAAACCAAGUGGUUAUGUAUGAGGCUAGCAGAGUGCUUCAGACUGGGGCUCCCCAGAUGAAGGGCUUCAGGCUAGCGCUAGUGCCAGGACCUUCACGGCUCAGCCUGGGGAUCAUGCUGGUGUUGUUACUGAUUUUCCUGCCAGGAUUAUACUGCGACCUGGGAUCAGUAUAUUACUCUACCUACGAAAUAGUCAUCCCCAAGUGUCUGACAGUCAAGGGAAGGGAAGACCCAGUGGAAAAGGCAUCUUAUAUGCUAUUUAUGCAGGGCCAGAAGCAGCUGAUUCACCUGAAGGUCAAGAGAGACUAUUUUGUGGAUAACUUUCCAGUCUUCAGCUACCACAAUGGCGGCCUGGGACAAGAAAUGCCCUUCAUCUCACGUGACUGUCACUACGAAGGCUACAUAGAAGGCAUCCCAGGUUCUUUUGUUUCUGUCAACACCUGCUCAGGCCUCAGGGGCAUCCUGAUUAAGGAGGGAAAAUCCUAUGGCAUUGAGCCCAUGGACUCUUCAAAACGGUUUGAACACGUGCUGUACACCAUGGCACACGAAGCUGGAAUCUCCUGUAGUGUCACUUCCGAAGACAGCCAAGUGGCGUCCACCAGCCAGCAACAAGGGAGCAGGAAGCCUCACGGUCCACAGGCGCUGUCCUACUUGUGGUCACACACCAAGUAUGUGGAGAUGUUUGUCGUGGUCAACAACCAGCGGUUCCAAAUGUGGGGCAGUAACAUCAAUGAGACAGUCCAGAGAGUGAUGGACAUCAUUGCUCUGGCCAACAGCUUCACUAGGGGAAUAAACACCGAGGUGGUGCUGGCUGGAAUGGAGAUUUGGACCGAGGGGGACCUCAUAGAGGUCCCAGUGGACUUGCAAGUUACACUCAAGAAUUUCAAUAGCUGGAGACAAGAGAAGCUCUUCCAACGUGCGAAGCAUGAUGUCGCCCACAUGAUUGUUGGACAUCGUCCUGAAGAGGAUAUGGGACAGGCAUUUCUCAACGGUGCCUGUUCAAGCGGCUUUGCAGCAGCUGUUGAAUCCUUCCAUCAUGAAGAUGUCCUCCUGUUUGCAGCGCUCAUGGUCCAUGAGCUGGGGCACAACUUGGGUAUUCAGCACGACCACUCGGCCUGCAUUUGUAAAGAUACACGCUUUUGCCUCAUGCAUGAAAAUAUCACUAAAGAAAGUGGCUUCAGCAACUGCAGCUCUGAUGACUUCUACCAGUUCCUCCUUGAACUCAAAGGCGCCUGCCUAUUCAACAAGCCUCAGCACAAAGGCCGCAUGCGUAGGGAUGCUGAGUGUGGUAAUGGUGUGGUGGAAGGCGAUGAGCAGUGUGACUGUGGUUCCUUCUGUGACAAUAACCCAUGCUGUGACCAAACAUGUAAUCUGAAGGAGCAUGCAAAGUGUACUCCUGGACCCUGUUGUAAUAUAUCAUGCCAAUUUGAAGCAUGUGGACACAAGUGCCGUCCUGCUUCGGGAGAAUGUGACCUCCCAGAGUAUUGUGAUGGUAACUCUGAUGCAUGCCCUGAAGAUAGCUACAAACAAGAUGGUACAACAUGUGCACAAGAUCACUAUUGUACUCAGGGUCAGUGCAGGGACCUUGACGAACAAUGCCUAAAUAUUUUUGGGUACCCUGCAAGGUCCGCUCCAGUAGACUGUUACAUUUCAAUGAACAGCAAAGGGGACCGGUUUGGAAAUUGUGGCCAUCCCACCUUGGAUAACCCAGCAUAUGUUCAGUGUGAAGUCGACAAUAUGUUUUGUGGGAAAGUUAUAUGUACAAAUAUUAGACGGGUACCAUCAAUCAAACCCCAACAUACAGUGAUCCAGGUCCCUUAUGAAGAUGACUGGUGCUGGAGCAUGGACAUGUAUAGUACUACUGAUAUCCCCGAUGAUGGAGAUGUGCACAGUGGCACUCUUUGUGCCCCCGAUAAAGUGUGCAUGAGUCACUCCUGCACUGAUCACGCUGUGCUCAACUAUGACUGCAAUCCAGCGGAAAUGUGUUCUGGAAAAGGAGUUUGCAACAAUUUAAAGCACUGCCAUUGUGAUUUUGGCUAUGCCCCUCCUGACUGCAAAACUCCAGGAAAUGGGGGUAGUGUAGACAGUGGCCCCGCUGGUUUGCCAAGUACAGAAGAGCCAGGUGGAAGCGGAAGUGGAGACACUACCAGUCGUCCCAAACGUGAAGAAUUUUUCUUAGACCUCAUGGUCUUAUUACUCAUUAUACUUUUAAUCAUAAUAUUACUAAUUAUAAUUAUUUGUGCCAUCCUUGCUUGCAAACGUUCAGCAGCAGAAGAGCCCACAGAAAAGGGUCCAGAAGAGGCUGCAGAAAAGCCCCCAGAACAGGAGCCUGAAGAUGCUGCCCCAGAAGAGGCUGCCCCAGAAGAGGCUGCCUCAGAAGAGGCUGCCCCAGAAGAGGCUGCCCCAGAAGAGGCUCCCUCAGAGGAAGGAAGCGCAGAGGAAGAAUCAGAGCCAUAG